GCUAAAUGCUAACAGCUAACUACACUGCACUGCUCGCUGUUUUUCAGCUGCUUUGAGGUUAAAAACUAAGUCGUGUGUUUGUAAGUGCUGACAUUUGCCUCGCUUGUGAAGACUCGGUCUCUCAAACAGGUUGAGUCUCCCGGUUAAUUUGAUCCUCUGUGUUUUGUCACCUUGGCUGUAGUCCCUGUGGGUGUGGGUGAUACUGGAUCCGUGCCAGUCCUCCAUAGAUGAAGAUGUCCCUGGCCCAGCGAGUGCUCCUCUCCUGGAUCUUCGCCCUCAUCUUCCUUAUCAUGCUGGUCCUCAAGCUGGACUCUAAAAUCCACUGGAACUGGUUUCUCAUCUUCCUCCCUGUCUGGACUUUUGACACCAUCCUCAUCCUCAUGCUGAUAGUGAAGAUGGCAGGGCGCUGCAAGCCGGACUUUGACCCCAGGGACGGGGAGCAGAGCCUGAAGAGGAGGCUGUGGUACCUGACGGCCCUGCUGCUGAAGCUGGCCUUCUGUCUGACACUGUGCUCCCGCCUGGAGAGGCUCACCGAAAUGUGGGUCAGUGUGGUGUGUGUUCCUCUGUGGGUGCUGCUGGGAGGGGCGCUGGUGGAGCUGGGACACAGUGUUUUCCACUACAGGAGGGACUGAACCAGAGGACUCAAAGGGGACAAAAAGUUUUUAUGCUCAAGCAUCUCUCGCUUGUUACGCACCAGCCUGAUCCACUGGAUUGGUACCAGGGCAGAUCCAGACCUAAUAAAGUGGGUCAGAUGUGAGGCAAACAUGACAGAUCUACAUAUAAGAUUAUUUGUCAGUUUCAUAAAAUGCACUGUGUCCGCCAUAAGUUUAACCCCUUGGACCCUGAGCAAAUUGGUUUGAUUUAUUUCAGAAACACUGUAAGAAGGCAAUGAGCAACAAAAGAAGGAC